AAUAUGGAGCUCAUUAACACGGUGCUGGUCGCGUUCGUUUUCGUCGUGUCGAUCGUGUACCUGUUCAUACGCAGCAAGCACGAGUACUGGAAGAACAACGGCUUCCCGUACAUCUCGAAUCCGCACUUCUUUUUCGGGCACGCGAAGGGACAAGGCACGGAGCGCCAUGGAGCAGUCAUCCAUCAGGAACUGUACAAGAUCUUCAAGCAGCGAGGAGAACGGUACGGUGGCAUAAGCCAAUUCGUCAUACCAUCGGUGAUCGUGGUAGAUCCGGAGCUGAUCAAGACGAUCCUGGUGAAGGAUUUUAAUGUGUUCCACGAUCACGGUGUAUUCAACAACGCUAAAGACGACCCGCUGUCGGCGCAUCUGUUCGCGAUGGAGGGCAAUCCGUGGAGGUUGUUGCGUCAGAAGCUCACACCAACGUUCACGUCCGGUCGAAUGAAGCAAAUGUUUGGCACAAUCUGGGACGUGGCGUUGGAGCUGGAAAAGUUUAUGGAGGAAAACUACAACCAGCCGGAGAUCGAGAUGAAGGACGUGCUAGGACGCUUCACAACUGACGUGAUCGGGACGUGCGCGUUUGGGAUCGAUUGCAACUCACUGAAGAACCCGGACUCGGAGUUCCGCAAGUACGGGAACAAGGCAUUCGAGCAGACUCCGUUGGUGUUAAUGAAGUUUUUCUUCGCGUUCGCCUACCCGGGACUGGUGCGCAAGUUUCGUAUGAAGAUUACGUACGAUGAUGUGGAGCGGUUCUUCCUAAGCAUCGUUCAGAAAACGGUUGACUACCGUGAAAGUAACAAUGUGAAGAGAAACGAUUUCAUGAAUCUGCUGAUACAGAUCAAGAACAAGGGCCGGUUGGACGACACUGACGAUGGCAGCGUGGGAAAGGGCGAAGUUGGGAUGACCCAGAACGAGCUGGCCGCGCAAGCGUUCGUGUUUUUCCUGGCCGGUUUCGAGACGUCCUCCACCACGCAAAGCUUCUGCCUGUACGAGCUGGCUAAGAACCCGGACAUCCAGGAGCGCUUGAGACAGGAGAUCAACCGCGCCAUCGAGGAAAACGAUGGACAGGUGACAUACGAUGCAGUAAUGGGCAUCCAGUAUCUGGAUAACGUUAUCAACGAGACCCUCCGGAAGUACCCGCCAGUGGAAUCGCUUAAUCGCGUCCCGUCUACCGACUACAUCAUCCCAGGCACGAAACACGUCAUACCGAAGCGUACAUUGGUGCAGAUUCCGGUGUACGCCAUCCAGCACGAUGCCGACCAUUUUCCCGAUCCGGAACGUUUCGAUCCGGAUCGAUUCACGCCGGAAGAGGUGAAAAAGCGACACCCGUACACGUUCCUGCCGUUCGGUGAGGGUCCGCGUGUUUGCAUCGGUUUGCGGUUCGGGUUGAUGCAAACGAGGGUGGGAUUGAUAACGCUCCUGCGGAAGUUCCGAUUCACACCGUCCGCGCAAACCCCGGAAAAGGUCACAUUCGAUCCCAAGAUGAUCACCUUGGCGCCGAUCGCGGGCAAUUACCUCAAGGUUGAAAAGCUGUAG